UACACGGUUCCAGCGUUGUAUAAAUUAGACUAGAAUUGCAAAGAAUUCGAAUACCAUUUUUUAUAGAAAAAACUAUUGUGAACAAUCUAAAUUAAAUAACAAAUUCUAUAUGGAAGGAGCUAAUCAAACAGUUGUGAUUGGUUCACAGUUCUGUUCUCCUCAACCCCUUCAACUAUCCAUCAAGAAGAAGGUUUACUUCUGUGCUGGCCAUGGAUAUCAAGUUAAAGAUGGUUAUGGAAAUUUCGUCUUCACUAUUGAAAAUCUUCUUGGGUUCUUUUCUAGCAAGGUUCUUGUCUUUGAUGCUGCUGAUAUACCAAUUCUCACCCUAAAAAGCAAGAUGAACAAGAACUAUACUGCAGGAAGUAUAUUCCUAGGAAGAGACAAAUUCAUGGUGAAAGUGAAUCCAAACGUGGAUUAUGCCUUCAUUGUUUCACUUAUAGUAAUCCUCGAAGAAAUCGUAAGCUCAAGCCGAAGCAGCAGUUAUUCAUAAUGUAUCGUAUAAUAUUGUAUUGUAUUUUAUUAUAUCGUUUUGAUGUAUAUAAUACUUGAAUAAAUUGUAUUGUUUUGCAGUCAUUUCA